UUCUAAUCAGUUCUUAUGACAAACAAACUGAAGGUAUAUAAAGUCUGUGUUUCCAUCUCUGAGACAUCCUGUGACCAGAAACUGCUGCUGGAACAGACUCUUCAACUAACCAUCAAAACAAGAUGGCUGCCGGUCUUGUCUUCACUCUGCUUCUUGGUCUGAGCUUUGGACUCUGGGAUGGAGCUGAUGCCGGAUGUCAACUGAGAGCUCCAACAGCACUUGACUGCCCUGCAGGCUGGAGUUGGUUCGACCGUCGCUGUUUCAUGUUUCUGUCUAAUGAAAUGUCUUGGGCUUCAGCUGAGAAACAUUGCCUCCAACUGGAUUCACAUCUGGCCUCAUACCACAGUACAGGGGAGUACAACUUCAUCAGAGAGAAUAUCUUCUAUGCAAGUGGAAAACACACAUCAACUUGGGUUGGAGCUCAUGAUUCAGCAGAGGAAGGCAUCUGGAUGUGGAGUGAUGGUUCCAAGUUUAUUUUUUCCAACUGGGCAGCCAGUGAGCCAAAGAAUGAUGGUGGAGUCGAACACUGCAUGAACAUCAAUGUAGGAGAAGCAGAACAUGUGAAUGAUGAGGACUGUGCCAAGAAGCUUCCCUUCAUCUGUGCUAUACAUGUCUAACCUUUCUCUUCUUAUAUCUAAUAAUCUGAAAUGCCCAUAUGGCUUUCCUGCUGGUGAUGUCACUUCCACCUGGAUGUCAAGCCUCGAUGACAUCACUGCUGGAAGAAUCUGAUUUCACUUCAUUUGAUCACUUAAAUAAAUAUUUUCUUUCUAUGAAA